AAUCAAACUACACAGCUGAUGACUCACAUGUUCUUGCUUAUGUCGGCAUAAUAAGCAGCAAGAUGUAGACGACUGACAAAGCAGAAUUAGUCUCAUCCUUUUGACUAUUUGAUGCAGCACGUUUUUAUAGUGAUAUGGUGGAACCGGUUUUUUUUUUUGUUUAAAUGUUUAUUAACAAACACCGCCUUCCUUGUUCUCACUCUUCUGUCUUUCUCUCUCUCUCUUUCUCUUUUUCAAUUUCUGUUAGUCAUCUGUAACACCAGACAUUUAUUACAUUAUAUACAAAAUGGAUAUAGAAAAGAUCAAACAAAACGCUACUGUCCUUAUACCCACUGGUGUUGCCCUUCUGUCAGCCAUUUAUCUAUUAACUAGAGGGAAAUCAAAUGAAGGCAAAGGAUUAAAAGAGAUACCCUAUCCACCACGUUCGAUUAGAUGGCCUAUCUUUGGCCAUAUGCUCUCCAUGGGUAAAGUUCCUUCCAAGCAGAUCACUCAGUGGCAUAAAGAGGCAGGACCUAUCUACAAGAUCAAUAUGGGUAACCAGUUAUGGAUCAUGAUCAGUGAUCCCCUUUUAGCCCAUGAUAUUUUUGUCAAGGCUGGCAAGAGCACCUCAUCAAGACCCUAUCAUCGAUUCAAUGUUGAAAUUUAUGGUAGAAAUAAUAGAGGCAUCGUCUUUGUUCAGUAUGACCCUCAAUGGAAGAAUAAGAGAAAAUCAGCCGCCUCACUUCUGAGCCCUGGUUCCGUUGAUAAAUAUGGUGAAAUCUUGGAAGUGGAAGCUGACAGCAUGAUGAGCAGAUUGACAAAAAUCGCUGACGAAGGCAUAGCAAUCAACCCAUUCAAGCAAGUGCAGCUGACAUCUUUGAACAUCAUCUUGACCUUAGCCGUUGCCGCACGAUGUAAUGAUAUUGAUGAUCCUAUCUUUUUAGGCAUCAACAGCUUUAUCCAUCAAGCCAUGAUCUACUCAGGUGCUGCAGGCGAUCUUGGUUCCUUUGUACCUAGCUUGGCCUGGGCUGAAAGAUUAAGAGGCACGGAGAAAAAACUACGUGAAUUUGUCGAGACCAAACGUGACUCUAUCUAUGGCAUGUUGAUUCAAGAAGCCAUAAAGAAAGAACAAGAUUCAUUGGCAAAGGCUAUGUAUGAAAUGAAAGAACAAGGAUUGGUUGAUGAAGAUGAUAUUCACGUCUUUAUGAGUGAUUUGAUUGGUGCUGGUGCUGAUACUGUUGCUGUUUCUCUUUACUGGACAUUUGCUAUUCUUGCUCAGAAACCAGAGGUCCAAAAGAAGAUUAUUGAUGAACUUGAAGCUUGGAAGGCCAAGAACCCUGCAGGAGCUAUUCCUAAUUUCCACAAAGACCGUGAAGAAUUUCUAUAUGCCAUUUGUGUACAAAAGGAAGUGAUGCGAUUCCGUCCAGUGACUAGCUUUGGUGUGCCUCAUAUGGCUUCAGAAGAUGUGAUUGUUAAUGGCUAUCUGAUCCCCAAGGGUUCUAUACUUGUCAGUAGUAUGGCUGCCAUGCACAUGAAUGAAAAGUUUUAUAAAAAUCCCACAGAGUUCAAACCAGAGCGAUUUAUGUCCAACACAAGCAGAAUGGGUAUAGCUGCAAAUACAAAGAUUGAAGAUAGAGAUCAGUUUGGAUUUGGUUGGGGAAGAAGAAUCUGUCCUGGCAUUCAUUUGGCUGAAGUCGAAUUGUUCAACUUCUAUGUUCGCUUCUUUGACAGGUUUAUUAUUGAGCCUGAGCUUGAUGCUCAGGGUAAGCCUAUACCCAUCGAUUUAGAUGAUUAUAGUGAUGAAGGAAUCAUUGUCAAGCCUGCUCCUUAUAAAAUCCGCAUUGUUCAUCGUCAGAAAUAAAUAAAAAGUAUUUUGCAAAAAGUACUGUCUAUUGACUUAAUUAUACGAGUACCUUCAUG